CUGAUUGGCUGGUAGAAAUGGCAAACCUUAAGGGAGGAAGAACUUUCUGUCCUGCUGUAAUUUAGGUGAUUUGUUUCCUUCUCUGCUUGCUUCACAGACACCGGUGAGAUGGCCUCGGCACAUGACAGAGCCGUACUCCAGGCUAUUUUCAGCCCCACCACCCCAUUUGGAGACAUUCCUGGCCUUAACCGAGAGGAGGAAUUAAUUGAUGACGACAGUGGCUUUGACACAGAGUUGCUGAAGCAAGUGAACGAGUUGGAGAUGCGGGGUGUCUCAGCAGCAGAGGCUGGGGAUUUGCAAGCUGCACUUCAGCUGUUCAGCCAGGCAAUCCAGAUCCUGCCUCAGCGAGCCUCUGCCUAUAACAACCGGGCACAGGCCCUGCGGCUGAAGGGGGACACAGCAGGAGCCCUGGAGGAUCUGGACCGAGCAGUCGCUCUGAGCGGCAGCACCGGGCGAACCGCUUGCCAGGCGCUGGUGCAAAGAGGCCUUUUACGCAGACUGGCGUGCCAGAACGACGACGCCAGAGCAGAUUUCGAGAAAGCAGCUGCGCUUGGAAGUGAAUUUGCUCGGCAACAGGCUGUGCUCCUCAAUCCGUACGCCGCCCUGUGCAACAAGAUGCUGUCAGAGGUGAUCAACAAACUGUGCAACCCUGAAGUAUCUGAGACGCAGUAAUGGAAACCAUUAGAUUUUCUGUCGCAGAGACUGAAAUCAGUAAAAUAACCUUUUUGUGAUGUUCUUUUAAUUCCGAUGGUUGUGCUGCUUUAAAAAGAAAAAUCACGAGUCCGGUUUAAAGUCACGUUUAUUCACACAUCACACUUAUUUUAUUUUCUCUACAUUAUAAAGAAAGCAGGCGCUGCUGUAUUUGAUUAAAUAGGACAUAUGGAGCACGUGAUGUCCAGCAUGAAAAUACCAAAGCAUUUGAUACAGCUGAGAUACUUCAGCUUUUGUCCACUAGAUGUCAGUCUUGUCAUAAUGAAGCAGUCGUCUGCUGUUCUGCUUCCUUUAUUUCUUUCAAAUGAUGCCUUUCACUGUAAGAAUGAAAUAUGCUGGAACAAACAGCACUUGUCAGCUCAGUCAUGCCAAAUGGUUCAUCUAAUAUCAGGAGGAUAUUUCGCAGGCAACACAUCAAUAAAUGUGAACAUUCA